AUGCUGCGGCGGUUUUCUCGUCUCCUUUUGGGUGUCUUUUCUUUGAUCAUUUUGUGUGUGCUAUCGGUAGCUCUACUUCAAAAUCGCUCUUCACUCUAUAAUCUGCAACAUGCAACAACGUCCACCAACGAUGUAGAUCCCGAUACGUCACAGCCGAACCAACAAACACCGUCAUCUGAGCAAUUUUUAUCCUAUCGUCGGAUUGGUGGUGAUUUCUUUCAGCAGUGGGAUGCAUUGCGUGCGGGUGCACGACUUGCAUACGAAUCUAAUCGUACUUUGUUGGCACCACCCCUGCACCUAAGCAUGGAAAAUGAUCCCGAAUCACAGCAAUGGAUCCAAAUCCCAUGGUCAAUGAUAUACAAUGUACAACCCAUCAAAGACAAAUAUGGUAUCCGGAUUAUAGAUGAGCAUGACGACAACAACGAUGAAUCGAUACCACCGCCACCACCAGCACAGCUGGUUCAAAUGCAAAGCACGUCACCAGAAACAUGGUCGAACCGCCUAAGUCAAUGGUUGUUUCGGACACAACAACAAGCGUCGUCAUCCUCCAAUCACCAUGACAACGACGAUGAUGAUGAUGAGGAUACCACAACCACCAAUGGAUUACCUCCUUUACAAGUACCCCAUCUGCAAGAUUUUGUGGCGUUGAAAAAUAUGCCGCAUGCGCGUUUUGGCCAAGGCAUGUCCUAUCUUGUAUACAGGCGAGAGUUCUUAUCGGAAGCACAAAGGCGACUAGAUCAUGCGCUGCAUAGCGAUUUGUUGCUGCGACCUGAUGGUUUGCAACCUAUUACGCUGGCAGCGAAUCAAAUUAUACAUACACUUGGGGGCUCUCGUCAUUAUGAUGGACUUAAUAUCCGCUUUGCCGAAUACAACAAUGUCACCAUGAAUGACAAUGACGACGACGAAGACGAUGAAGAAGAAGGAGAAGGAGAGGAUUUAAAACUCUUGGAAACCAACAAUGAGACAUCUUUGGAUGAUGAUGUGAUCCUCGAAUUAUUGAGUGGGUUACCAAUCAACCUUGCUGUAUCAGCUGCAUUGCCUGUACAAGCAUCCACACGUUUGGCCACUGUGAUGAACCAAGCUACUCCACCUUCCAAGGAAGCACUCUUGAGCGCUUGUAUCGAUUACAGACGCAAUACGGAUAAUCGUUUCCCAGUCUUUUACCUUGUCACCGACAUCGAUCCUGUCGAUCAACCAGACAUGUUUUUGCCUUUUUAUCGCUUAUUCCCAUGCACCUUCACAAAGCACGAUCUCAGGCAUCAUUUGAGCGUGGACAUUCCAUCCUUGAUCAACCCAUACAUUUCGGCUCGUGGUGAUGCAACAACCAAGGACGACAUCCUAGCAUUACUACAACCCAUUGUUGAUAUCAUCGUGGCUGGUAGAGGAUACUCAUAUUUGGAGCUGCCACCUUCUGGGAAAUCAAACAUUGUUGGCUUACUCCAGAAGAUUCGUUAUCAGAAAUGA